AGCUCAGCCAAUGUGCACGUCUGGUGGGCGGUACCGGGGAAGGAUGCGGCCUGUGUGGGCUUCCAGGCGUUUUGACGGCGGAAGUAAAUGAGAUCUGGGAAUCGGAUUUGGAGGCGAAGAGGAGUACCUUAGGAUAAAACGCUCGAAGAAGGUCACCAUGGGACCAGAGACUUCACAGGCACAGAAUUCUAAUUGCAAGAUUAUGACAUUUAGACCUACCUGGGAGGAGUUUCAGGACUUUGGAAAAUACAUGGCAUAUAUAGAGUCUCAAGGUGCACACAGGGCUGGUUUGGCUAAGAUUAUCCCUCCAAAAGAGUGGCGACCGAGACGGACUUAUGAUGAUCUGGAUGACAUGGUUAUUCCUGCCCCAAUCCAACAGGUUGUUACUGGCCAGUCUGGCCUUUUUACUCAGUACAACAUACAGAAGAAGCCCAUAACUGUGGGAGAAUAUCGUAAAUUGGCCAACAGUGACAAGUACUGUACCCCACGGCACCAAGAUUUCGAUGAUUUGGAGCGUAAAUAUUGGAAGAAUUUGACUUUCAUGUCCCCCAUAUAUGGAGCAGAUAUAAGUGGCUCUCUCUAUGACAAUGAUGUACGUCUAUGGAACAUUGCCAGUCUUAAUACUCUACUAGAUAUGGUGGAACAUGAACGUGGCAUUAUUAUUGAAGGUGUUAAUACACCCUACCUCUAUUUUGGGAUGUGGAAGACAACAUUUGCUUGGCACACUGAGGACAUGGAUCUCUACAGCGUUAACUAUCUACACUUUGGUGAACCUAAAUCUUGGUAUGCAAUUCCUCCUGAACAUGGAAAAAGAUUAGAGCGCCUAGCAAAAGGUUUUUUUCCUGGCAGUUCUCAAGGGUGUGAUGCUUUUCUGAGACACAAAAUGACUCUAAUUUCCCCUUCAAUUUUGAAGAAAUAUGGGAUUCCUUUUGACCGGAUCACACAAGAAGCUGGUGAGUUUAUGAUAACAUUUCCAUAUGGAUAUCAUGCUGGAUUUAAUCAUGGAUUCAACUGUGCAGAAUCCACAAAUUUUGCCACUUUGCGCUGGAUUGACUAUGGCAAAAUGGCUACACAGUGUACAUGUCGGAAAGACAUGGUCAAGAUUUCUAUGGAUGUGUUUGUAAAGUUCCUUCAACCUGAUCGAUAUGAAAUGUGGAAACAAGGAAAAGAUUUUACCUCCCUAGAUCAUCUGAAACCAACUGAAUUAACAAGUCCUGAGCUGGAGGCUUGGCUUAAUAGAAAAGCCCAGGGAAAAGCUGGUCGUAGGACAUAUAGGAAGCGUUCCCAGCCUCGCAGGCAAAAAAUACAAGAUCAAAAACUUUUAAGAGCAGUGCUUGGCCCAGAUGCUAUUCCAGAAGAGGGAGAGGAUGAAAUCAAUAAUUGUGGGCAGUUCAUUGACAAUAAGUGUCCUGAAGGCAGUGACUACUCUUUGGACCUCACAGAAGAAGAAUUCAAGCCAAGACAGCUUAUUCCUACAGUCUAUGUUGUACCACGUACAAAGAAGGUUGUGUUUGACAAGUCAAGGAUGUCAUGCCAGGAAGCUUUUGAACAUUUUGCAACAGAAAAAAAUAAGUGGGACCCAACAGAACAUGACCGAAAACAAGGACAGGCUUCUCUUGAUAGUCCAAAGAAACAUGGAGUACCUAAGCAUGCUGUCCUUUUCUCUAAAAUGGAGAUUAAAAAGAGCAGACGCCAUCCAUUAGGCAGGCCGCCUUCACGCUCCCCUAUGUCUGUGGUGAAGCAAGAUGUAUCCAGUGAUGAUGAUUCUAUCCCUUUCUCUGGUGAGGAAGAUACUGGGGAUCCAGAAACCUUGCCAAGCCUUUUGUCACAUUUAUGGAAGAACAAGCCUUUAAAUUUUUUAGCAGAGAGAAAAUUUAAUUCUGUGGCUGCUCUCACAGAACCAUACUGUGCAGUAUGCUCUCUCUUCUCUCCUUUCCCUCAGGAGGUUUCUCACCUGUCAGAUUCGGUCUUCUCAAAACAAGGGCAAAGAACAAAACCAGCUGUUCCAGAAAUGUGUUUUACCCCCAGUGAGAGUAGUGUGGAUCCAAUGCCAGUCAACACUUAUAUUGGAGAAGAUAAUACCAGUCCACUGCUGUCAUGUGCCAAAUGCUUUUUACAAGUCCAUGCAAGUUGUUAUGGAAUCCACCCUGAUUUGGUUAAGGAGAACUGGACCUGUUCACGGUGUGCUGCCAGUGCGUGGAGUGCUGAGUGCUGCCUGUGUAAUUUGCGAGGGGGUGUGUUACAGGUCACUACAGAUAAAAGGUGGGUUCACAUUGUCUGUGCUGUGGCAGUCCCAGAAGCUCGUUUUGUAAAUGUGAUUGAGCGUCAACCAGUCGAUGUCAGUGGUAUUCCAGAGCAACGGUGGAAACUGAAAUGCGUAUUUUGCCGGAGUAAAAUCCGCAAAGAGGUUGGUGCCUGUGUCCAGUGCUCAGUUGAUCGAUGUUCCACCUCUUUUCAUGUCACAUGUGCACACAUGGCUGGCAUUUCUAUGAAGCCCGAUGAUUGGCCAUAUGUUGUAUCAAUUACCUGCUUCAAGCACAUGGGUGCAAAUCAAUGUAAUACGGUUUCUAGAGAAGUCUGUGUUGGCCAAACUGUAAUAAGUCGAAAUCGGAAUGGCCUGUACUAUCGAUGUCAGGUGAUUGGAUCAGCUACACAUAUUUUUUAUGAAGUCAAUUUUGAUGAUGGCUCCUACAGUGAUAAUGUAUAUCCUGAAAAUAUUAUGACCAGGGAUUGCAUUCAGGAUGGACCACCAGGAGAGGGCGAGAUGAUAGAGCUUAGAUGGAUUGACGGAAAUAUUUACAAAGCCAAAUUCAUUUCAUCAAAUGUCAGCUUAAUUUACCAGGUAGAGUUUGAUGAUGCAUCUCAGCUGAUGGUAAAACGCAAUGAAAUCUUUACAUUGGAUGAGCCGCUGCCAAAAAGAGUGAAAUGUCGAUUGUCACUCAGCACAGGAGCUCCUUUGGAGGACACUGAGGAUGUACAGAUCAUCAAGCGCCCAAGAAUGUCCAGUCCAGCAACAAACCAGAUAACGGAAAAUAAUGGGAUCCUUUUCGAAGUGAAAGAAACUAUCUCACAAAAUAGUUUUGAGCCAUCUGACUUUUAAUGACCCUGUCAUUCAGCUACUUUGAACAGCAGGCAGAGAAAUAUUUUCCAUAAUAUCUCAGUAUGUUGAAGGAACUUUAGUUAUUUUACUGACCAUAUGCUUGGAUAUAUCCUCUACACUGCAACAUGAUGAACCCAUAAUUCCAGUUAUGGACAGCAGCAAUUCUUUAGGUGCUAUCUCUAAAUUGCUUGUAAUUAACACCUAUUUUUGGAAACUUUUGAUUAAACUUUUAAAAAAAUAGCUUUAAAAUCUUUGUUUUUUAGGUCUUGCUUUGAAAUAAAAAACAAAACAAAAAAACAACCGGACAAUGAUAGAAUUGAUUAUUUAUGGGAUGUUUAUGUGAAACAGUAUUGUUAAUUAUAAUUGCCGCAGCUUAAAUGUAAGUCAGCUAAAAUCUCCCAACUGUAGAUAGAAAACAUUGUAAUUUUCAAUUUUACAUCAAUUAUCAAAUUUAUACUUGUGCAUAAAGAGUCCUGAA